AUGCUGGAACUGGACGGACGCACGCUAACUUUCGAGCAGUUUCGUGAAUGUUGUCUCAAACCCAAUCUCCCUGCCAUCAUUCGCCAUGCUGCAGUAGACAGUACUACUAACUCUGUUGGAGGCUCCGGUCCGUCUCCGUACUUUUCACCUCUGGGCGACAUGCAGUCGCACCUUUCGCCAAUUGGUGUAGUAAACCUUUUCGGUGGGGAUCAUGUGGUUCCUGCGACUGAGAGCCCCGCUACUGUGGCUUCCGAUUCUCUGAAGGACGGCAUAAGCGAAGGUCACAUGAAAUGUAGCAAGCUGAGAUUAUUUGAAGUCAUUGAACGCUGGAGGGGCAGCCCAACUUUGGUGUAUGUAAAAGACUGGCACAUGCAGUCUGAUCUCGAGGCGGUGUCGUCUUGUGUGGGUGCGCCCGACCUGCGGGGUGUUUCAUCUGUUGUUGCCUCUGAUGCUGAAGAAGGGAAUGCGGCAGUGUGUAACGGUCGCCGCGCGGUUGUGCAUGGCGGCAAUCUCUACUGCGUUCCAUGUUAUCUAGGCCCAGAUUGGAUGGAUGAGUUUUGCAGGUUUUCGCAACAUGGUGAUUCAAAAUACCGCUACUUUGGCGAGGAGGAGAGUGAUUAUCGUUUUGCUUACAUUGGACCGCCCAGAAGCUGGACACCGUUACAUUUUGAUGUUUUUGGAACUUAUUCAUGGUCGUUGAACGUCUGCGGUGAGAAGUUGUGGUUUUUCCCCACCCCUGAGGGCAACCAAACGUUGCUGCGGGGUGGACUUCAUGGAGUCGCUCUUGCGCCAGACAUCCGCACAACCGCUGGUGCCGAGUUAUGGACAGUCACGCAGUAUCCAGGUGAUCUUGUAUUUGUACCAAGCUGCUAUUUGCAUCAAGUGCAUAACGUAAAAGGGUCAUGUUUCACUUUACCACAAACUAGAGAGACUGCGAACGUUGCGGCUACUAGCUGUGAGGGGAUAGAAUCCGUUUCUACUCCCAACGAAAGUGUAGUGGACUUGGUUAUUUCCAUCAAUCAUAACUGGUGUAACGAGUGGUGCGUGGAGAGGAUGGUGGACGCCUUCUGUAGGGACGCAAAUCGACUUUGGAUGCUUCUGGGAGAUGAGGUGCGUUUGACGUUAUUUGGUGAUGAUGUUGGUGCGUGGCACGACCAUGUGGAGAACUUACUAAUGGGUGGGACAAACUGGAACUUCGGGUGCAUUCGUAGUUUUCUAGUAUAUCGGCUGCAGGUACUCCGGUCGUCGGGCCCAACCACCGCUGAAGGAGAUAAUGUACGGCGACUUAUCGAGUUGUGCUUAGGAAAAGUGAACGAAACGGAAAUGCGUGUUGCUCACUGCGUGAGGGGGUGA